CUGGAUCUCAGAAGGAAGGGCUUUUGCUCGCUUCAGGAAAUCAGACCUGCUUUUGAACUGGACUAGUCUGGCUCCCCUUGUAAGAACUCUGGUGGCCCUCUUGGCCGUGCAAGCUCCUAGACUCCACAGUACAUGGAAAAAUGCAAGCUUUACCAGACGUGAAAGCGCCGUGUGAGGCACUUCCUUCCCCCAGCCUGGAGCCCUACCCGCAGAGCUCCAUUGUGGUCACCCUUGAGGACAUGGGUCUCUGGAUGAAGUUUCAUCAGAUAGGAACCGAGAUGAUCAUCACCAAAUCUGGCAGACGAAUGUUUCCACAAUGCAAAAUCAAAGUCUCUGGCUUAAUCCCGUAUGCCAAGUACCUCAUGCUGGUAGAUUUUGUGCCAAUGGACAACUUCAGGUACAAGUGGAAUAAAGAUCAGUGGGAAGUUGCUGGGAAAGCAGAGCCCCAGCUCCCUUGUCGCACCUACGUCCACCCAGAUUCCCCAGCUCCUGGCAGCCACUGGAUGAAGGAACCGGUCUCCUUCCAGAAACUGAAGCUCACCAACAACACUCUGGAUCAGCACGGACAUAUCAUCCUCCACUCCAUGCACCGUUACAAACCUCGCUUCCACAUUGUGCAGGCAGAUGACCUCUUCAGUGUCCGCUGGAGCAUCUUCCAAGUCUUCAGCUUCCCUGAGACUGUCUUCACUUCCGUUACUGCCUACCAGAACGAGCAGAUAACAAAGCUCAAGAUUGACAACAACCCAUUUGCUAAAGGUUUCCGUGAGCAUGGGAAGAACACUCGAAGGGAAGGACGAGCCAAAUGCCAGAAGCCUAGUCCAGCCAAGGGCCAGAAGAGGAAGCUGCCCGAGGAAAAGGAGUCCGGUGCUGAGGAACGUGAUUUUGAGAAAGACGAGAACGUAGAUGUGAAGGAAGAGAGUAACCCCAUCGUGGUCAGCAGCGGAUACCCCUUCUGGGUCUCGGAGCAGAAUGGCAGCCAUGCCUUCCCUGCAGCAUCGCCGGUGCCAGCUGACCAGAGGGAGGGCCUGGCCAGAGAGCAGCAAGUGCCUACUCCAUCCUACCAGACCUAUCGGUUCCACGAAACCGGGGACAGCCAGCAGCUUCCCACCCGCGAUGCCGCAACCUUGAACGAUUUCCGGGCAAGGUGCCAUGCCUUGGAUCUCGCCGCGGUGCCCGAGCAUGACUCCAAACAGCUUCCAGAGGGUUUCACCAACCUGCCUCCGCUCCCCCCGCCUCUGCCUCCUCCCCAGGACUACACAGGAGUGGUGAACAUGGCUCUAGACUCUGUUGGGAAACCUGGGGCCCGAGCGCCCGUGUACAGUCCCUAUGGCACCGAGCAAGGGCUCGGCCAGUGGAUGGGUUACCGGGCCAUGAGCUACUCGGCCUUCUCCACGGAGUACAACACGCAGGGAGCUCCAGGACAUGCCCACGGGGCCGUGGCAGAGUGGAGCCAGUACCCUCUCUUCCCCUAUGCCUGCUGGUGA